GAGCGCAGUCUGCCCGCGUCAGGGCAGCGAGGUGUCCGCAGUCCCCUGCUCCGCUGCGCCGCUAGAGCCCGCACGCGCCUCUCGCGCCCGCCGCUCCCCGGUCUUCCGCGCACACAUCAUGACGAAGAAGGACAAGUCCUCCAAGCAGAUGCUGGCCAAGUGGAAGCUCUUCAUCUACAACCGGAACACCGGGGAGUUCCUGGGGCGCACCGCCAAGAGCUGGAGUUUGAUCCUGCUCUUCUACCUAGUGUUUUAUGGGUUCCUGGCCGCACUUUUCUCAUUCACAAUGUGGGUUAUGCUUCAGACUCUGAACGAUGAGGUUCCAAAAUACCGUGACCACGUCCCUAGUCCAGGGCUUACAGUUUUUCCAAAACCAGAGACUGCACUGGACUAUUCAUUCAGCAUGUCUAACCCAGGUUCCUACAAAGGGUACACUGAAGACCUUAAGAAGUUCCUAGAGCCAUAUACUACACAAGAGCAGAAGGAUGUCACAGGCUGUCGAGACGGAGUGCUUUUUGAACAGGAGGGUCCAGGUUAUGUUGCAUGUCCGUUUCCUCUUACGUUACUUCAACCAUGCAGUGGUAUGAAUGAUUCUGAUUUUGGCUAUUCCCAAGGAAACCCUUGUAUUCUUGUGAAAAUGAACAGAAUAAUUGGAUUAAAGCCUGAAGGAGAACCAAGGAUAGACUGUACUGCGAAGGGGGAACACACACCAGCUUUAAACACCUACCCUAAUCUUGGAGUUAUGGACUUAAAGUAUUUUCCAUAUUAUGGGAAAAAACUUCAUGUGGGAUAUUUACAACCACUAGUUGCUGUCCAGGUCCCCUUUGAUCACAACAGCUAUGGAAAAGAAGUAACAGUCGAGUGCAAGGUCAACGGGUCACCCAACCUGAAAAACCAGGAUGAUCGUGACAAGUUCCUGGGACGAGUUACGUUCAAAGUCACCGUGCAUGCGUAGUCUGAGUAGGAGGUCUCCAAAGAUUAAAUACCGUGUUGUCUGUCUGUCUGUACCAGCUGGCCCUGCCAUUCUAGAAUUACCAGGCAGUCUUGGAGGCAGGCUGCGUGGUACAUGACACUGAGUGACAUCACAAUGUGCCUCCUGAUCACAGUUUAGUGUCCUCUGAAGUAAACUACCUGUGGCCUCCGCCGCCCUUUGAACCAGUGUACAGUGGCCAGAGGGAGACAGAAACAGCACUCCCAACAGGAUCUCCAUGGCACAACCCACCCUUAGCCUCAGCUUCAGUCAGCUCCAGAUCCUGGGCAUGUAUGUGCUCGGCAUAGUAAGGGAUGUUUGGACCAGAACCUAGAGCCUUUCUACAUUACCGUGUUCUACCUCUGAGCUAGUCACUGACUGGCCUCAAUAACAAGGCAAUCUUUAUGAGU